UGGUAAAUGAUAUAGAUUGUGUUGAAUUAAGUGCGGGUAAAAUGAUUAGUUUACUAAUCCCCCCCCCCCCCUCCCUCACUUUCACAGUGGCAUACGAGUCAAUACAAGAAGCUCUUGCUGCGUAAAUGUUAAACACAGAACCACUAGUCGAAAAUCUUAUCUGCACAAAUAGGUUUUGUCUUGCUUUCCCCAGUUGUUAUCUCCAGCCACUUAGUUUGUUUACACGUGUGUUUACAAUGUGUCGAUGACGAGAUCUGUGCCCUACUUUCCUUUACUGCUUGCUGCAAGCAAACCGAUGUCGUCUUGUAUAUUUUUUCCAAUUUAAAAUCCACGUGUAGCCAUCCGAAAUGUGACAUAAACAUACUUCUGCUAUUCAUUAUACACUAUGGGCACACGGCGGUAAUGGACCGGCCAUUCCAUGGACUCCGCCCACGGCCGGGGCCGCCAGCAAGCUCACUCUGGCGCAGUGUCACAGUCACGUGAUCAUCCUUAUCUAGACCUCAAGACUUUCCGGGACGACAGGACAGCUCUCACGACGCAGCAUGAUGGCCGUUCUUCCGCAUCUAGACCAAACUCCGCCCACCCUUCUCUACAAGGCUCAGACAGGGGUCACAGCCGUGGUGGUGUCGCUCAAGAAGGAGGAGGAGGAGGUGGAGGAGGGAGAGGAGGGAAAAGAGGAGGAGGAGGAGAUGGGAAUGAUUCCCUUUCACGAACGGAAAAAUCACAAAGUGGUGCUACCUCGGGUGAUUCCAAAGUACACGGUGCAAGAUCUAAGAAGUCGAAAGAACUCUCCUCUACUGCUGCCAGUGAUCAAACGAAGUCUGGCACAUCAAGGACACGCCGAAGUGACGCAACACCUUCCUCUGCCGGCCAAUCACAGACGCCCAAAGAGAAACGCAGGGCAAGGAGUGCAUCGAGACCUCGUGACCAGCCUCGUGAUCAGGGUGGACACGCUCGGCAGGUGUCUUCCCCGGCGACGCAUGACGUCACAUACGAAAAGGAAGCAAAUACCGCCCAGAAAGAUGGCUACACGAUUCCCCACACUUCUGCGAAGCAGCAGGCCGAGCAGCGAAGUUUUUCGUUUGACAAGAUAGCCAUGGCAGUAGGUAGUAAAACUUCAAAUCCGGAACACUAUAAGGAGGAACAGCCUGGGUUUGGGGGAAAGAGUAACAAAACCGACAGGGACAGAAAAAUGAGGUCGGCGUCCGCGCCACGGGAAGUGAAGACAAAGGACGGGGAAAGGGCCGGAGACCCCAAGCGUAAGACGCACGCCAGACACCUGUCUGCGGAUCUCGCCGACGACAGCAGCAGCAGAGUUCAGUCUAAAUCUAUGCAGCGGAAUGUUACCAAACAACUCCGGAAAAAAGGUCAAGGUCACCCGAGAUCAGAACAGCUGUCUGGGGAUAUAUCGCUGGAAGGAGUCACCUCUCCACACGUUCCAGCGUCUGUCAGUGCGGUCCCCAUCCCCAGCUCAUCCAGUCCCGAUGUUCACGCCAUCGCUAGGCCUACUAGUUUGAACCCCAACAUGGCUGGCGCUCCUAACUUUACCUUCCCCAGAGAGCCAGCGCAGUCGAAGUCAAGGAACAGAAUGCAAAGAGGUUACGUAGAACGAGAUCAGUUUGACCAGGACUACGACAUGCUCAAUCCACCCGCAGCCAACACGAACAGUAGAAUACGUUCUUAUACCCCAGAUUAUAAUUCAAAACAGUCUGUCCGAGAGCCCCUUCUCCCUCGGAAUCUCGAUUCUGAUUCAAAGCUCAAUCUGAGUAGUAAAGACUCAAAAACGGCUGCUUCCACCCCUCGUACAGCCUCCACGUCUUACAUACAUACGUUUCCUCGGACGACGAAACAGCAUCUUAAAGAUCCCUCCCCUACGGGUGCCUUCUCGUCUUUGAGUGCGGAGAGAACUGCCAUAAUCAGAAGGGACGCGUCGCCUUCCUCUGAAAAGACUCAUCGUUACUCAUCCAAUCAAUUAGGCAGCCCGGACAGAGCGUACUCCUCCUCCCUCCCCAAAGUUCCCAGCCAAUCCUCAUUCACUUCAUCCGACGCUCGGUCCGACGUUUGCCUAGAUCUCCCAGACGUUAAUGACCUUCCCGACGAAGACGACCUAUACCUUCGCGAGGUCAACGAUAGAGUGAAGGUCAAACUGGGCCUCCCGAACGCACCAUAUCAAAGAAUUGUACACCUCACCCAGUCCAGUCUCUGUUUCUCUGUAUUCAUCAACACACUCAUUAUCAUCACCUCUUUCCUUCUCCUGUGGCCACUCUUAGCACUGGUCAUCGUGUUGGUGCCCGUGGUGCUCAUCCUCAAACGUUUCUUCAGCUGGUUCUGUUGUUGCAGUGUCCGCCUCUGGGGCCGCUGCUGCAUCUGUUUAUGCCACACCCACCUGACGAGUUCAGAGGUUGUAUGGUUAGGCAAACGUCAUGGGAAUGCCGUGGCACAAAGUCUUCUUGUCUUGCAGAAAGGCCUUGACAUCGAGCGUAUCCGGAACCUUCUGGACUCUCGUCUUCUCUCUGUUGAGAACCGCCACGGCCAUAAGAUGUAUCCCCGUUUUACACAGAAAGUUGUGGAAUUCUGUUGUGGACAUGCAUGGGUGCCGGACCGCCACUUUUCUGUGAGCAGACACGUAUUCAGUAUGCCAGGCUACAUCGAAACUCUAGAAGAUCUACAGCAGUUUAUCUCAAAGAUGGCAGCGGAACCGAUGUCUCUGGAGCAUCCUUUAUGGGAAGUGCAGGUUUUACACAACUUCAGGGAGCCCAGAGACACCGUUCUUCUGUUCCGCAUGCACAUGUGUCUCACUGACGGAGUCUCUAUCGUGCAUAUACUGGAGAACGCCCUUGUGGACUCGCAGAAAGCGUCUUCACAGAAGAAUAGUUUCAGCUCAGAGGCCACCAACACAUCGCCCUUCAAGGUCCUGUUUUCUGGCCCGCUCACCUUCAUAUCGCGCUACCUGUGCGCGAAACAGGAUCACAAUGUGCUGCACGGACGACACACUCACCCGUCGGGAGAGACGGCAGUGGCCUGGUCAGAGCCCUUCAGGUACUCUAUGGUAGUACUUCCACUACCGACUAACACGGAAGGAGCCAUUCCCCGGCUAUGGGAAAUCAAGUACAAACUGGAGCGAUUCAAGAGCUCUCCUGAGGCGGCGAUUGUUAAUGGCGCUCGUUGGCUGACGUGCUGUCUACUUCCGGUUUCCCUCUUCCAGCGACUUUGGCGCAAGCUUGAGACGUUGUCCAAACUCCUGGCACACCGGCGUAUCCCCGGGGAGAGCUCGGCUUCCCGACACGAGAGUCUGCACCUGUUGUCCAGUUUUACCCUGGAUGAUCUCACUGCUGAACAGAUUCAACUAGAAAUGUCCCUGGUCCAACAAGAACUACACGACAUGAAGCUUCAGCUAGAAGCCGGUCCUAGAAACCACAUCAGCCAUAACGACACGCAGCUCAUGCAGAAGAUAGAGGCGCUCAAGUUGGAGGAAAUGGAAGAGACAAGAAUGUCAAGGACGAUGCUUGUGCUGGACAGAAUGGACUGCCUGGGUGACAGCGAUGAUGCUAGUCCUGUGGCGGGGUACUCCAAUGCAAAAGGGCGAUAUCACAAUGUGCUUUCCUGACCUCGAAAUGCGAUUUGCAUCGGGGGAAAAUGGCAGUCAAUAGUAUACAAAUGUAUUAUUAUCUCCUUUUCAUCUUUUCCUAAUCAUGUCACUCUUACAAAAUAAUUAAUACAAAGUCUUUAGGUCAAAGUUUUUUUUUUCUUCUACAAUUUAAUGGACUUUAGUGACACAUCAUGCAAAUGUUUGUUUUUUUGUGUUAGACUUGUUUAUUUUUUCAUGACAACUUGAGUAUAUGAUUGGAUUGCAGCCUCCGUAAAGCAAUAAACUCGUUGACUUUGUUGAAAACACCAGACAUACAGGAAAAGCGUCGUCCCCUAUCUAUGUGUGCAAUGUCAUGGAUUCUAUAUUGCCGCUGGUGCUGGUGUCUUGGUUUUGUUUUGUUUCCUAAACAAAAGGUCUUUAGAACACCCUUUGCUCUUACUCUGUGUAUGCAAGAUUUGUUAUUUCCUUUAAAGAAAAGAACAUCCUAUGAGUGUGAGCAAGAACAGAAAUGCUGGUACCUAGGCUUUUGAGGAUGUUGUGUUUUUUAAAUUAAUUUUUGCUUUAAUCUCAUUUACUGGAAUGACCUACGUCUAGCAUACUUUCUUUAGUGACACACUGAUCAUGAAACAGUGACAGCAUGAGAACCAUUUUCAAAAGAACUACAAAAGGCACCUACAUUUUUGUCAACAAAUCCUGACAGGUCUAGAGUUUUGCAAGAAUUAUGACAAAAACGCCUAUGAUUUAUUGGCAAAACUAUAGACUGUUGUAUAGUCGAGUCUUGUUGUGAUUUAAACUUAUUUUUUACAUGAAUGUCAAAAACUAAGAAAAAUUAAUGUUUAAAAAAAUGAACUAACCCGUGUAUAAGAAAUAGUUAUAAAUAGGCCUAUUUACAAACCCGUUAUAUUAUUCACAUCAAACUUUUUUUUUAUUGCAAGAGAUGUUUUUUCAAUAGAUUUUACGUAGCCUACAUUAUAUCGCUUGGGAAUGUUUUUUUCUUGCAUCCCAAAGAACUUUUGUGAGCAGUAACUUUUGUCCUCACAAAACCAUAAUUUUCUAUUAUCGUGCUGUAUACUUCCUUGCACGUUCCUCUCACCCCUCACUGAGCUUCAACCUUACUUCACCUAUUUUUUAUUUCCCAGUUGUCAAUUGUAAUUGUUUUCGUAGCUGUUGUGAAAGCCCGUGUCUUUCCUUUAACUUCCUUCGACAUUAAUCUGUCUUUACUUUUUUGCCACAACCCCCAAAAUGACGUAUCAAGAGGCAACUAGGCUCUUGGAAAUAAAUGCACAUACACGUAUUAGGGGUCGGUGCUGAGCAUACAAAAAUAUCUACGUGUGUACAGCUGAAAUAUAGACCAAUUAUAACUUUUCUUCAAAAAGAUGUUAAAGAAAAAUGUUAAAUAGUCCCCAUAGAAAUGUGAGAGCUCAGAAGUGCUUCUUUUAAACUAGCAGCAACUAUAACACUUGUAUCCCUCUGUCCAUCAAGAAACAGAGCAAACCUUUGGUUCCGUAACAAGAUACAUAACAUGGACAUUAUCUUAACGGUUGCAGCCACGAGUGGCACAUCUCACAGACGAUGAUAGAAUAGUUGGGGGUUGUUUUGUCUUUUUGCUAUAACAUCUGUUUGCAGAAUUGAAACUACACCCUUUUUAAAAAAAUCACGAUUUGAAAAACCAAAGACAUUUUUUUGUAUAACACUUUGAACGAAUAGGAAAGGCUACAGAAAUUCUUUUAAUAAGUAUUCUUUAACCAACGUAUGGUAGGGGUGUACUCAAUUUAAAGUGCAAUGCAAAUGACCCUGACUCAAAAUGCUAAAUGGUCUUUCUUACACUUGCGUUAUCUAGGAAAUGUUCUCGACAUUCCACCCAUUUCGCUCGGUUCUAUCGGAGUUGGUCUUUAACAAACGUUCUGCGCCUUAAAAUAACCGUAUAGAAAGAAACGUCAAACCAUUACUAUAUUUCCUAAUGUAGAUUUCCCUUCCGCUUCAAUUAAGUUGAACUAUACUAGUUAUAGGUAGUACGUAUCAUAAUUUGUGUCAAACAUAAUGCUUUGGGCACACAAAAGUCAGCCAGAAGGAGAAAACUAUAGGCUUCAUCAUCCGCCAUCGGGUCAAUAUUGUUAGUUCAGGGAAAUAGAAAAAAA